AUGAAGAAGACGGAAGAGGGUGUAGACAAAAAGAGUGCUGCUCAGGCAUUCAAGGAAUGGUGGAGAAGUCAACCCUCAACAGAUCUAUAUGUUUUCUCGGAUGGAUCAGAACAGAGCCUUGACAACAGCAGGCAGGUGGGCUAUGGCUUCAUAGUCUAUCAGGGAAAUAAACAGUUGGCCAGCUUCUCAGCUGCGCUGAGCCCUAUGUCACAUGUCUUCGACGCUGAGGCACUCUGCCUCGACAACACCUCAGUCAUCUGGGGCAUACGGGGCAGUGCAGCAGCCUCCUCAAACUGGGCCUACAACCGCUGCCAUGAGCUCCUCAGACAGCACAAUGUCGGCCUGAAAUGGGCUCCUGGGCAUAUGGGGAUAGAGGGCAAUGAGGAAGCAGACCGCUUGGCUAAGCGGGCAGUCUCAUCCACUGCAGCCCCAGCCUAUGGUCUCGAGGCCACACCCACAGUCAGUGGGGUCCGCACAGUGGCCAAGCAGCUCAGUCAAGAGACAAGGCGAAAGUGGUGGAGUGGAGCCUGUGGCAAGCUCUCUGACUGGUACCGGGGCUGGAGUUUCAGCAGGCCGACUGUGGAAUACCAAGUGAAGGCCCCUCCGGAGCUCACCAUGCCACGGCAUGCCCUUCACCGCUGGCUCGCACUCCGCUCCUCUCAUGGGGACUUCUCCUGGUACCACAGGCGUUUCCAGCAUGCAGAUGCGAGGCUCACCUGUGUCUGUGGACACAACAAGAGCCCAGAACAUUUGGUGCUCUGUCGACACUCACAGAGGCACUUUCUUCACUGGCCCAAGAGGCCAGCAGCACGGCCACACAACCGGGCGACAGCUGUUGCCUAUCUAGGGUCUCUGACCCCUACAGACUUUGUAGAACUGCUGGACUGCACGCAGUUCUACACACGGUACUGCACAAGGUAA